AUGGAAAAGCUUUCAGAUGAGUUAAGACGUCAACUAAGGCUUUCUUCGACCGAGGGGAAGAAAUCAGAGACAAAGAAAGCCUUGAAGAAUAGCAUUGUAAAUCUUCAAAACCAGCCGCAAGAAUUUUGCGAUGCUCUCCACGCCUUACACCUUCAGAUACAAGGUAAGUUUUCACAGUUUGGAAAGCCUAUCCGUCUAUCUUACAACGCUCCAGAGGCGAGUUUAGGCCUUUCAGACAUCAGUAACAUCAUUGUUUUGGACACAUCUCUCCUCUGGAAAAUCCCAGCUUUUUGUCUCCCAGUGGCAUGCGUCUUCGAUCCUGGGCAGAUGGUUCAUCGUUUGCAUGCCUUACGAGCCGCGAGAAUUAUGCGAGACCCUUCAAAACGCAACACGCUCGAUUUCUGGCUCCACACAGGACUCGACAAUUGGAUCGCUUCCCAGGCACAAAGCCUGCUGAUGAUUCAGGUAGGAUACAACAUGACACACCAGAUGGAGCACUUCAGUCUGGAAAUGACGGAAUUCCUAUCUGCCCGCCGGCCCACCGUUUUCUUGUUGAAUUCUUUUCUUAACUCUGAAGGUCGCACGGCCUUUGGAGAUUUUCAACCAGAGAAAGUCCUGCGGCAGCUAUCUAUCCAAGCAUUAGAAAAGAUUCCAGCGCCGCAGCCUCUGUCCUUCUUGGUCUGUAUCAUGGAAAGGUUUCAAACCGCAAAUUCAUGCACCGACUGGGCAAAUAUUAUUGGUCUAAUCAUAGACUACAUUGACGACUUAUACAUUAUUCUUGAUCUUGGAGUCGUCCACGCCCAACAUAUUGAGCUCUUGCGAAUCACGUUUAGAACUCUACUCUACGACACCCAAUCCCGGGACCGUUUGAAGAUCAUGUUGAUGAGCAGUCGUAAACUGGAACCUGCAGUCGAUACGACGGAAAUAGUCAUCAGCCCGACUGGAAACCGUCGUCUACCUUUGAAGUUGAGCUUGUCAUCAGUACAGAAGCGUCUUCUGUCAAAACUUCAAAAAGCCGAUACAGCAGCAAAGAAAGCAGCCAACGCUACAGCCACACGCGCGGUGUCAGAGGCACUAGCGACGACAACAUCAGAAGGCCGAGGGCUGGCCUCCGAUAUGGCUCAAACAAACGCUGCCUCAACAUCCAAUGUGCCAGCUUCUUCUGAAUUAGUUGGCCAUUCGAGCGGGACGCAAAGUUCCCAGAAAACGAGGAAAACGAUGUACAAUACUCAUUGUAUACACGACAAUUGUGUCUGCUGCAGACUGAACGAUAUCAAAGCUACCCAGAGACCUUAUGCAGCAUCACUGGGCGCAGACCAUCGAGGCACGCAGCGCCCCAAGACCCAACAAACUUUUGCUGGCGAAAACCAACACAAAGUUACUAUUGCCAUUCUUUGUGCCUUGCCACUGGAGUCGGACGCUGUCGAGGGACAGUUGGAUGAAUACUACCCAACAGACUCACUACCAACCCACAAGGUUGCGUGGGAUACCAACACAUACUCUAGAGGAAGGAUCGGUCGUCAUCAUGUCGUUAUUGUCCACCUCGCUGGCAUGGGAAAACGCGACGCCGUUGCUGCAGCCACCAAUUGCAGGGCUAGCUUCCCAGACAUCAACCUAGCGUUGGUUGUUGGUAUUUGUGGCGGAGUUCCCUCGUAUGUCAACGAGAUUCAGAGGGAAAUUGUAUUGGGAGACGUUGUUAUCAGUGAAGGUCUCGUCCCCUUUGAUUUCGGGAGACGGUAUCCUGACCAGUUCGUAAUGAAAGACGAGCUGGUUGGUAUAGUGGGAAAACCGCCGUUAGAGAUAAGAUCAUUGCUCAACAAACUGAAAGGCCAAAACGGCCGGAAGGGUCUCACAGAGAGGACAUGGCAGUAUCUAGGAGACUUUUCACAUGAUCUUCAAAAUUAUGCGGUAUAUCCAGGGGUGGACGAGGACAAGCUAUUCGCGGAAACCUACCGCCACAAACAUCGCUCCUCGUCGUCUUGCCGGAUUUGCACCGAUGACAAUGAUUCGGUAUGCGAAACGGCCAGAUCAUCAUCUUGCGAAACUCUCCAAUGCAGUAACGACAAGUUGGUCCGUCGAACUCGUCUUGUUCAACAAGGUGGGUUGGGUCCAGCGAUACAUUUUGGUCUAGUGGCCUCGGGGGAUCAAGUGAUGAAGUCAGGCCAACAUCGUAACGAUAUCGCAGAGCGAUAUAAAGUCAUAGCCUUCGAGAUGGAGGGUGCUGGGGUGUGGGACACUUUCUCCUGUAUGGUUAUAAAGGGCGUCUGUGACUAUGCCGAUAGCCACAAGAACAAGAAGUGGCAAAGAUACGCUGCCGCUACGGCGGCAGCUUGUAUGAAGGCAGUGCUGGAUGAAUGGAAUAUGACAAGCUAG